AUGGCUUCCGUUCCAGCCCAUCUGAAGCCCAUCACUUACGAGGACUACCUUGAAUGGCGACGGGAGGAAAAUGCGCAGCAUACUCUCAACCCCUACAUGCUUGAUCUCCUGACGAGUGGCGAAUUUUCGGAUGUCACUGUCAUCUGUGGCGACAAGGAAUGGGAGCUUCACAGACUCAUCCUCUCCUGCAGAUCCCUCUAUUUCAGAGACAUCUUGACUCAACUCGUUGACAUCGAGGUUACGUCCAGAACCGAGGUGGUUCUCGACCACGAGGUCGAUCCCGAAUACUUCAACUGCCUUGUUCGCUACAUCUAUGGAGGUCUUGAAGCUCUCGUGACUGAAGAGGCGUUUGAGGACGAGAACAGGCUUCCCUACUCCGCCUAUCGCCUCUACUGUAUGGCCUCGCACUUUAGAGUGCCUAACCUGGCCGACAACAUGUACGAGGUGCUCGAAGAAUACUUCACCACCAAAGGCCACGAGCUCAUCACCAAGAAGUCAUUCACUGAGAGCGGCGAGCCUGAGCGGAACCAGAAGAGAUUGUUCGACGACGACUUUCUGGAGGGCUUCUUCAAGGGGGUCGCCCACGUCUUUGGCCCCGAGGACUCGUGCAUUUUCCUGCAGGAUGCUUACCUGAAGCUGUUUACCGAGUCGUCCUGGAUGCCUGAGCUGAACUACGGUUUCCAGUGGAGGAUGGCUUUGUACGACGCGUUCUCGUCAUAUUUGCACAUCAAGAAGAGCUGCAUCUUCUGGAUCCCGGAGCAGAUUCAGGAGGCGUGCAAGCUCGAUUGUCACACCUUGGACCAGAGGAGUGAAGCGCUCCGCGAGAAAUUCCGCGGAAUGAGGGAGCCUGGUGUUGUCUAUGACCCUCAAUGCGAGGACAAUCUUCUUGACAUCUGCCCCGAUUGCAAGUCGGCCAUGAAGCCCUACAUGAAAUUCGGCCAGCUGCCGCUGUAG